AUGUACCGCUCCGAUGAUUACGUGGACGACAAACUGAUCGGUCGCAUCUACCGACUCCGCCAUGACCCGAGUCGCAUGUUCUCAGUCUGCCUAUCGCCCCCUCCGUCAUCAAAGCUUUACCUCACCUCGGAUCAAUACAAGUGGAAAAUGAGGGUACUGCCACCACAGAAAAACGAUCAAAUGCUGCAAGUCAUCAAAAACACCAUCAUCGAGCUGAACAAGGAAUCCAUGUUCUUUUGGCGUAUUGGCCUGGAAGUGUCACACUUGACUAUGAGUCCUCCCCUGUGGCCCCGCCAUUUGGAGGAGUACUCGACGAAACUGUACGCUUUUAAGGAAAAGAAUCAAGAGUUUCCCAUGGCAGUUGAGACAACACUAUCUAGAGGCUGUCGCCGUUUGACCGAGGAUAGCAUUUUGUUACGCGAGAAAGACGACAUGAACGGACCUAAACGCGGCAUCCUGCUAAAGACGUGGCUUCUCUCGCUGGUCAAUAGUAAAAAUCAUCUGGGUGAAGCUGGGUGGCAGCUUCAGCGGGGAUGGUGGGCUUCGAACGGUCAAAACUUCCCCAUCAUGACCCUGCCCGCCGAGAUACGCUGCGAGAUUCUUCGACAGAUCUUGGGUGGCAACAUUUACCCCAACGCCAGAACGCAUGUGGACGUACAAGGUCCGGUAGUCACUCUGGGUUCCAGGGCUCACAAUGGUCCUAUGGAGGACCGAAUGCCGUCUCGGCCAGAUCCACCCAACUACGCCAUUCUUCGAGCCAACAAGCAAAUACAAGAGGAGGCCCUUCAAGCGGCAUGGGAAGGUACAACCAAACACUUCUCACAUUGGAUAUUUCUAGAGACCGUCGUGCAGGCCCCGAAUAGCCCAUCUGGCUAUCACUGGCUUACGCACGUUCAGCUAUGUAUGGACACGAAGGAGUGCUACGAGUUUUUUGGAAUUGGCAUUUACCCUGUCCUUCGAUUAUUGCCUCAAGGAUCAAAAGGUCGCUUGCUACAAGGUAUAUCUUCCCUCAAAAGUUUCGAAAUACUCUUCAAGUCACCGUACGACAGCUAUGCAAAUCCUUGGUCCCUGCUGCACCUCGAAAAUCGCCGCACCUUGAAGCAGCAACCUUGUCAUAAGAUAAUGGUCGAAUGGGCAUUAAUCUUCGCAUUUCCAUACCUCAAGCACAUCCCGAACGUUCGGUUCACCGGCUGUAUCAAGACCUGCACAAAGACGAAGUGGGAACACAUUCUGAGUAAUGAGUACUACUUGCGGAAAGAAACCUUCAAGACCCAUGGAUACGAUCCUGCUAUGGAGGCUUAUAAUCUGCUGGAAGAACAGCGUCCUGUAGAUCGCUUUGAUCAUGACGACUCAUAUGCGUGGCCUCCACCAUCGAAACCGCAACCACCGCAACCACCUCGGACACCGCCACCAUCUCCGAAGAAGAGUGCGCCCGUUCGACCGGGCCAGCUCUGGUCAAAGGUCCACACAACUUCACCCUGGGACCAAGACGCCCGGAACGACUGA